UCCUAACCCACAGUAGUACAGGCUCCUAACCCACAGUAGUACAGGCUCCUAACCCACAGUAGUACAGUCUCCUACCCCACAGUACUACAGGCUCCUAACCCACAGUAGUACAGGCUCCUACCCCACAGUACUACAGGCUCCUAACCCACAGUACUACAGGCUCCUAACCCACAGCAGUACAGGCUCCUAACCCACAGUAGUACAGGCUAACUAACUAAGUAGUGUUGUCUCACCCACACUAUCCUAACCACACCUUCCUUCCUGUCACCUCUAUCUCCACACACACGCUGUUCAACAUCAUAUUGGGAGGGUUGCCAACAUGGAAACAUAUUCCACCUGAAAGGUGUGUUUCUUUAAGAGGACCCUCCCAAUCAAAGGCCAAGUCAGUGACUGUUGCAUGAAUCAACAAACGGGUUAAACGUGUGUGUGUGUGUGUGUGUGUGUGUGUGUGUGUGUGUGUGUGUGUGUGUGUGUGUGUGUCUCCUAGCUGGAAGCAGCUAACCAUCUCCUUCAGCAGACCCAGCAGCCCUACAGUUACCUGAUCGACACGGUGAGACAGAGAGACACACAGAUACUGUCCCUCAGAGAACGCAUCACACAGCUGGAGGACGACACCAGAUCUCUGAGGAAAGAGAAGACGUCUCUCCAACAGGUGAAGAACAACAUGGCCUCUGACCUGGAGCGCCUGCUCAACCACCGAGAGGAGUUGUCUGUGAUGAAGCAGGUUCUGCUCAGUAUGAGGUCCAGAAUGACUGAGUCUCAGCCCCUCCUGGAUCCUGACGGGGCUGGGACGGCGGUGGCCUUCAGCAGACCCAAACGCCUCAGCAGAACCACAGAGGAGGAUGAGCAGAACCCUCACACACACAGACCCAAACCCACCGUGUUCACAAAUAAAGAAGCUCCUGAAUGGCACAGGAAAGUCAAGCUCCAGCCUAAAUGACCAAUGACCUUACAGGAGGAUCAAAUGGGAUUUGUGUAGACACUCCAAACCAGUUGUAUUUACAGUACCGUAUUGGUAAUAGUAUUUCAUCUGUGUUUCUUGUGCUGUUGUCAUGGUUUUAUUUACAGUACUGUAUUGGUAAUAGUGUUUCAUCUGUGUUUCUUGUGCUGUUGUUAUGGUUUUAUUUACAGUACCGUAUUGGUAAUAGUAUUUCAUCUGUGUUUCUUGUGCUGUUGUUAUGGUUUUAUUUACAGUACUGUAUUGGUAAUAGUAUUUCAUCUGUGUUUCUUGUGCUGUUGUUAUGGUUUUAUUUACAGUACUGUAUUGGUAAUAGUAUUUCAUCUGUGUUUCUUGUUCUGUUGUUAUGGUUUUAUUUACAGUACUGUAUUGGUAAUAGUGUUUCAUCUGUGUUUCUUGUGCUGUUGUUAUGGUUUUAUUUACAGUACUGUAUUGGUAAUAGUGUUUCAUCUGUGUUUCUUGUUCUGUUGUAAAACCUUUUUAUAUAAAAUCUGUCAAAAGUACUCACUCCACUCGUCUUCAGAUUUCUGUUUUGCUGGUGACCCUAGCCCUGACCCUAGCCCUGACCCUAGCCCUG